AUGGCAAAGAGAAAGAGAGAGAUCGCCGAGAGCGCCGCCAAGGCGAAGGCGCUGAAGAGCUCCAAGGGCGCUGCUGCCUCCACCACAAAACAGCCGGCGACCAAGGAAACGGCGAUCCGCAAUGGCAAGGAAGGUGCAGCCAACGGGAAGAUGGACCUGAGCAUGAGCAAACUCCAGAUCGAUUCCAUUGCAAAAAGCGAAGAUUCCGUCCCAGAUGUCACGACUGUGCAAGUCAUAACCGGCUCCUACGAGAGAGUUCUGCAUGGAUUCGCGGCAUCCAUCCCCAGCAGUCUCUUCACCGGACAGGAUGAUGCAUCGACACCUGAGACGGACAGGCCAAAAGUAGAUUUUACCGACACAUUUCUUUUCAACGCCCAUUCAUCCUCCAUCCGCUGUCUUGCCCUGUCUCCGCUCUCGAAUGAGACGUCCAAAAUCACGUUAGCUACAGGCAGCACCGAUGAGCGCAUCAACCUUUACUCCAUCUCGACCGCCCCCCCAGUCGCCUCAAAACUCAGACCAAAGCUGCCUUCUCUCCAUGGCGGCUCCAUUACUGAGAAUCCCAAGAACAAGGAACUCGGCUCAUUGCUUCACCACUCGUCAAACAUCACAGCCCUCUACUUCCCAACCAGGAGUAAGCUCCUCAGCUCCGCUGAAGACAGCACUAUCGCCAUCACGAGAACACGCGACUGGACUGCCCUCUCAACCAUCAAAGCGCCAAUACCGAAGCCCCAAGGCCGACCCAGUGGAGACACAGCCGGACCCGGUGAAGUACCCUCUGGAAUUAAUGAUUUCGCCGUCCACCCUAGCAUGAAGCUCAUGCUGAGCGUAGGCAAAGGCGAAAAGUGCAUGCGACUCUGGAACCUCGUAACAGGAAAGAAAGCCGGCGUGCUCAACUUUGACCGCAACAUCCUCACCGCCGUAGGCGAAGGGCGCUUCGCAUCCGGUGAGGGAAGGCGAGUCAUCUGGGACAAGGAAGGCGAGGAGUUCGCCGUGGGCUUCGAGCGCGGCAUCGUCGUUUUCAACAUCGAAUCCAAGCCAAAAGCAAAGAUUGCACCGACCCCGAGGACUAAGAUCCAUCAAAUGCACUACUUGCCGUCGGAGUCGCAUCCGGGCACGCUACUCGUCUCAACCGAGGAUGGCCGCGUUCUUCUCUUCGACACGAACACCACGAGACCGACUGAAUCGUCAGAGAAGAACAAAGACGAGGUUCCUGCUAGCAGAUUAGUCGCUCAAAUCGGUGGUCCAGCAGCAGGCAUGACAGGCCGUGUCAAGGACUUUGAAAUCGUCCAGCUCUCACAAACCAAUUUCCUCAUCGUCACUGGUAGCAGCGAUGGCACAGUGCGCUUCUGGUCCUUGAGCACGGACGAGCUGAAGAGUGAUGAUGCGGGCAAGGCAGAGGGUUUCACAGCGGCGCAGGUCGGCAAGUUGCUUGGAACCUCUUCGACUGGUACCAGGAUUACGUGUCUGAAGGCUUUCUCCAUGACGGGCAAGCCAGAUGAAGAGGAAGAAGAGGUCCUUGAGAAAGACGCAGAGAUGUCGAGUAGCGAGGAUGAUAGCGAGUAG